AUGCCCCGCAUGAGCUCGUCGCAAUCGAGGUCCGUGGGGAACCCGAAUGCCUCUUUGGCUGACAGCAAAUUCUUCUUGUUGUCGGCUGUUUCCUCGCCCGGGCGGGACGUGCGCACCAAGGGAUCCAAUAGGAACAGGGAAGGCGAGGGUGGAAUCGUCAUGACUGACGUUUCGUCGGCUGAUAGUAUUGUUUUCGCCCUGAUAGCGCCUCGGUACCAGUUCACGGGUUCCAGCAAGAACGGGCCGGCGGUGUCGCGCGACCCGGAGGCGCUGAGGGUCAAGUACUCGGACCCGCUGGUUUUCACGGGGUCCAUCCGGGUGCGCACCGGCUACGAGAUCCUCCGGCUCACGGCCUACCUGCAGCAGCACCUGCGCAGGGUCACGGUGCCGCUGCUGGUGCUGCACGGCGCCGACGACAUGGUGACCGACCCGGAGGGCUCGCGCCGGCUGCACCGGGAGGCCUCCACCCCGGACAAGGCCAUCCGGCUCUACGACGGCCUGCUGCACGACCUCCUCAUCGAGCCCGAGAAGGAGGUGGUGCUGGGCGACAUCGUCGACUGGCUCAGCCCCAGGAUCUGACACAUCACGCUGGUC